CCACACUAACAUCUCAUCCUCACAGUAGUCAUUUCCCAUAUCGGAGUACAGCCAAGGGAUCCCAAACAGGCACCAAUGCAACGCUUUAACAACCGGUCUGAGAGUCACCUCAGUGGGGAGGUGGAAUGUGAGUUGGAUAGCCUGGGGAAGGGCUCUUGGGUGAACCACGGGUACUGUGGCUCCCCUCUGACCCUACCCCGGGCCGUCAGCACUGUCUACAACCCCCAGGCCAUUUACCCCCCAGGCUCCUUUGACGGCAUGUGCAAACUCGCCACGCUGAGCCCUUUCCCAACCGAGGUCAAUCCACCGGACACAAGCGCCCCAAAAAAACGUGGCAGAUGCUGCUCGUUUUUUAAAGGACUGUGGGGCACCACGAUGACGGAGAAUACAUCUGACAACAAGGAACUGUUCAUUAAGACUACACUGAGGGAGUUACUGGUUUACAUGGUGUUCCUGGUGGAUCUCUGUCUACUGACAUAUGGCAUGACCAGCUCCAAUGCCUACUACUACACCACAGUCAUGACAGACCUGUUUGUGAACACGCCCAGCCCCAGUGGAGUACAGUUUCAGUCCAUAGGCAGCAUGGAUGACUUCUGGACCUUUGCCCAGGGUCCUCUGCUGGACGGCCUCUAUUGGACCAAAUGGUACAACAACCAGUCUCUGAAUAAUGGGGACCAGUCCUUCAUCUACUAUGAGAACAUGUUGCUAGGGGUUCCCAGGAUAAGACAAAUCAAAGUGGUGAACAAUUCCUGUAUUGUCGCAAAGGAUUUCCACAACGAGAUCUAUGGAUGCUAUGAUGUCUACAAUGAGAAAAAGGAGGAUGAGAAUAACUUUGGACUCAUCAAUGGAACUGCGUGGCAAUACCACACUGAGAAAGAGAUGAAAGGCUCUUCAUAUUGGGGUCUGCUUGCCACCUACAGCGGCGGAGGUUACUACCAGGACCUGAACAAAACCAAGGAGCAGAGUGCUGCGGUCUUGGCCGAGUUGAUGAACAACCUUUGGUUGGACCGUGGCACCAGGGCCGUGUUCAUCGACUUCUCCACUUACAACGCCAACAUCAAUCUGUUCUGUGUCAUCACAUUAUUGGUUGAAUUUCCAGCCACUGGUGGAGCGAUAACCUCCUAUCAGAUAAGAACGGUAAAGCUAAUCCGUUACAUCUCCACCUGGGACUACUUUAUCAUGGGCUGUGAGUCGGUCUUCUGCCUGUUCAUCCUCUACUACAUUGUAGAAGAGACGCUUGAACUCAGAAUCCAUGGGUUCUCCUACUUCAGCAGCAUCUGGAACACUCUGGAUGUGGUUGUCAUACUGCUUGCGGUUGUUGCAAUCAUCUUCAAUGUUUUUCGCACCAUUAAGGUGGACAAUUUACUAGACAAACUUUUAGAACAACCUGACAUUUAUGCAGAUUUUGGAUUUCUUGCAUUCUGGCAAACACAAUACAACAACAUGAAUGCGGUAAACUUGUUCUUCGCCUGGAUCAAGAUUUUCAAGUACAUCAGUUUCAAUAAGACUAUGACUCAGCUGUCCUCCACUCUGGGCCGCUGUGCCAAAGACAUAAUGGGAUUCGCCAUUAUGUUCUUCAUUGUAUUUUUUGCCUACGCUCAGCUCGGCUACCUGCUCUUUGGAACCCAGGUCCAAUUGUUCAGCACCUUUGUCAAAUGCAUCUUCACACAGUUCCGGAUUAUUCUUGGAGAUUUCGAUUUUGAUGCCAUUGAUCAAGCAAACAGAAUCUUGGGGCCAAUCUAUUUUGUCACCUAUGUGUUUUUUGUCUUCUUUGUGUUGCUUAACAUGUUUCUUGCCAUCAUCAAUGACACAUAUUCUGAGGUCAAAGAAGAGUUGUCAUCCCAAAAAGAUGACCUGCAGAUUACUGAUAUCAUCAAAAAGAGCUACAUGAAUACGUUUAUGAAACUGAAACUGAAAAAAGAGAAGAUAUCUGAUGUUCAGAAAGCCCUUGAAUCUGGAUCGAAAGAUCUUGAAUUCAAAGAUUUUCGAGAAACCUUAAAAGAGUUGGGACACGCUGACCAUGAGAUCACUAAAGCUUUCUCCAAAUUUGAUCAUGACGGAAACCAAAUUCUGGACCAAGAAGAGCAGGACAGAAUGAAGAGGGAGCUGGAGAAAAAACGGGAUGCUCUUAGUGCCGAACUUGACCACCUUGGAAACAAUAUCGGGAAUGGCCCUGUAGAGAAAUCAGCUGUGGAUGUAGAUGAGCAUGACAAGCCAAGUUGCGCUCGGGUGGAGCAGGACUUUCAAAGGUUGGUCAGACAGGUUCUCCAACUAGAACACUCAGUAGCUGUUAUAAUAACCAAGAUGGACAUAGUCAUGGAGAACCUCGAGCUCCAAGAAAGCAAUAGAAUUAAGGGGAAGAAGACAAUCGGAGAAAAUGAAACCUCUAUGGAUGAGAAUAUUCUGGUGCAUCUGGACAAGGGGACAGGUGCUGAGAUGACACCCUGGACUUCCAUCAAUUCUUCUGGGAAAGGCUGGCCAAAGGUUAACAGCCACAUGUGAAAGCCCAUUUAAAGACACACUAGCUAUUUUACAAAAUGUCUGUUAAAUAAACAAUAUCCCAUGAAUAAAGUAUUGUAUUUACUAUACUUAGUAAAACGUGCUGUUAAGUCCUUGAGCAAGGCUGUUAACCCUAUUUGCUCCCCUUAGUCAACCUAGGAAAAUACUGGGGAAUUAAAUACAAUAUGAAUACAAAUGUUAAAAAAAGUGCAACUUCAAAUGGCACGUUACUAUUAAUCUAUAGAAAGGAUACAAUUGCGCAGCAAAUGUUAGUUUGUAUUACUUGUACUGUCUAUACAUUUGUUCUGGGCUUUGUGACUGUAUGUUUAUUGAUGUGUUUAUCUUAAUUGAUGUUGAGGUCUUUCUGAAGAUUUACUUAUGAAUUUGAAUACAAGAUGAAAGUUAAAUGUGCAAUAUUCUAUUCUACAUAAGUACUUCCAUCAUCUCACCAUUGCACUUAAUAUGUAUUAUUGUACUUCUACCUUAAAACAACUAAGACAAUGUAUCUAUAUUUUGACUACUGGGCCUUUGUUUAAAUGUGGAAUAUUGUUAAAUCAUGUAAUAGGUAUAUCUAAUGUUAAGUUGGCCUCAGUUAAAUGCUUUUGCUCAUUGUAUGUGUUUUUAUUGAGCAAUUAUUAGUCAGAUUGUUGGAUUUCUUUUCCUUCAGUAUCUCUAAACCUUACAAAAAAAAUGUAUGACCACUGGUAUGUCCCUACUUUUAAGGUUACACUAUGAUAAUGUAUAAUGUAACCCAUUCUAACUUUAAGGGCCUCCUGAGUGUCACAGUGAUCUAAUGCAUUGCAUCAAAGUGCAGCUGUUACCACAACCCAGGCCAACCAUGGUCAGGAGGACACUCCCAUCGAAAAUAGAAAAUGUGCGCAUCUGUGCCUUGUCACAUCUUGCUCUAGCUACUCGUUUUUGGUGGGUCUGCCACUUGCAAACUGAUUGUGGUGUUUACCAUGGGAAGCCUUCUCCCUGUGUGUUGGUGAUGACUUUGAGCGAACAGCGCAACACGAGAUUAGCAAGUUUUUUCUUGGUUCACAGAGACCAUAGAAUGUGUUGAGCUUGUCUGGGAGGGAGGCAUCAGUUUGAAUCAUUCUGAUUGAUUGUAAUUCAACCGAACGAGUUCUCUGAAAAUGAGCAUGGACUUCGC